GGCGAGCAGCGCGGGGCGGGGCUGGGGCGGGUCACGUGACGCCCGGCCCGGAAGCGUUCGUGCUGGAGACCCCCGGGUGACCCCGACGAGAGCUGUUGACUCCCGAGGGUCCCUACGAUUCCCACCAUGGCCUGGACCAAGUACCAGCUGUUCCUGGCCGGGCUCAUGCUGGUCACCGGCUCCAUCAACACGCUCUCGGCAAAAGAGCCAGGCCUGUGAUCACAGUCAGCGUGGCCAGCCAGUUCACAGAGAGCACCUGGACCUACCAAGUGCCUGGCCGUCCUCUGGCUGCCUUUCUUGUGGGCGGACAACUUCAAAGCAGAAGGCUGUGGAGGGAGUGAGGAGCACAGCUUCCAGCACCCCUUCCUCCAGGCAGUGGGCAUGUUCCUGGGAGAGUUCUCGUGCCUGGCUGCCUUCUACCUGCUCCAGUGCAGAGCCACGGGGCAGUCGGACUCCGGUGUGGACCCCCAGCAGCCCUUCAACCCCCUUCUUUUCCUGCCCCCAGCCCUCUGUGACAUGACGGGGACCAGCAUCAUGUACGUGGCCCUGAACAUGACCAGUGCCUCCAGCUUCCAGAUGCUCCGAGGUGCGGUGAUCAUAUUCACAGGACUGUUCUCAGUGGCCUUCCUGGGCCGGAGGCUGGCACCUAGCCAGUGGCUGGGCAUCCUGGCCACCAUCGCGGGGCUGGUAGUCGUAGGCCUGGCUGACCUCCUGAGCAAGCACGACAGUCAGCACAAGCUCAGCGAAGUGAUCACAGGGGACCUGUUGAUCAUCAUGGCUCAGGUCAUCGUCGCCAUCCAGAUGGUGCUAGAGGAGAAGUUCGUCUACAAACACAACGUGCACCCGCUCCGGGCAGUGGGCACAGAGGGCCUCUUUGGCUUCGUGAUCCUGUCGCUGCUUCUGGUGCCCAUGUACUUCAUCCCCGCUGGCUCCUUCAGUGGAAACCCUCGAGGGACCCUGGAGGACGCCCUGGACGCCUUCUGCCAGGUUGGCCGGCAGCCACUCAUUGCCCUGGCACUGUUGGGCAACAUCAGCAGCAUCGCCUUCUUCAACUUUGCAGGCAUCAGCGUCACCAAGGAACUGAGUGCCACUACCCGCAUGGUGCUAGACAGCUUGCGCACCGUGGUCAUCUGGGCCCUAAGCCUGGCACUGGGCUGGGAGGACUUCCACCCACUGCAGAUCCUCGGCUUCUUCAUCCUCUUGAUGGGCACAGCCCUCUACAAUGGGCUGCACCGCCCGCUGCUGGCCUGCCUGUCCCGGUGCUGGCGGCCUGCCCAGGACAGCGAGCGCGAGAGACUGCUGGGUGGCAGCCGGACUCCCAUCAACGAGGCCAGCUGAGCUUCCCUCAGGGAAGCACUGCUACUCGGUGGCCCCUCUUCACCGAGGCCACACGGGCCCCGGGCCCCGAAGGCCCUGCCCCCUCCCUCUUGGCUGACCCUAAGGCAGCUGCUGACACAGAAGAAGACUUGUCGCCUGAAUCCUCUUUUCUCCCCACUGCCUUCGAGAGAGUGUGAUCCAGUCUGUCCUGCAGCACCACAGCUAAAUCAUGAGCUUCAGUGGCAGGAACUUACAACCACAGUGUUUCUGAAUGAUAAACUGGAUUAUUGUGAUAGAUUAUCUAGCUUAAGAGCCAUCCAAAAAAGGGAAGUCAGUGAUCAAGUUCAAACCAGAACGAAGCACUGUAUUUUCUAAAAUGUGUAAAAUGUUUCCUAAACCUGUCUAGGGCACUGGUUUCAGCCCAAACUCCGCUGCAGACUCAGAAAGUGCACCGCAGCCUGUUAGCUCCGGAAAGUGGGUGUCCACACUUCGGCCUUUGGUGCCCUCUGGACCCCGCAUCCUGUGGGCCUCUGGUCUGGACCAACCCAAGACAAGAGGAAGAGCGCCCGUAUCCCUCCCCGUCCUGUGCCUGGCCUCAUCUCCAUUGCUCCCCUGCUUCCCUGCCUGGGGAUAGAUACAAGGGCAAUCCCAGGAGGCCUCUGAUGAUCUUUUCAUGAACUUCAUUUUAAAGGUGAGGAAACUGAGGGCCAUGGUGUAAGUUGUUUGGGGAGGGGGUCUCCUGCCAUCAGCUCUAGCCGAGAACCUGGGGAAGCCCCAGCCAGGCAGCCAUGUGACUGCAGCAGAUGGGACCUAGGGCACAUCUGGAUCUCAGCCCUGCCCCCGGAAACCUGGAUGCCUGAAGAGGCCCAGGAUGGCAGGCUUCCUAGGAUUCCCACAGUUAGGAGAAUUCACUGUGGGAGGGGCCUCUGAUGAGUGAGGCCCACAGGCUGUGUUGGAUUCCAGCAGGUUGUUUCUGUGUGUUGAGGGAGGGGCCUCUCCAUUCCCCCAGCUCUGUGUCGCAGGGUCCACUGUGUGUCUCACAACUGAGGCCUUAGAAGGUUAUUUUGAACUUUAUUUUUAAAAAAGAAAUGGAAAGUUGGCAGUAUUGGACAUUUGUUUUGUUUUGUUUUUUGGUACCGGGGAUCGAACUCGGGUCCUUGGGCUUGCGCAACAGGUGGCAAAACCACUGAGCUAAAUCCCCAGCCCCAGUAUUAGAUAUUUUGUGUGUGGUGAAAGGAAAGGCUCAAAAGGUAUUCCUGGGGGUGGCAUCUAGAAUGUGGAAAGCUCCAGUGUACCAGAAGCUUAGAAGUCCCCUCGUCCGAACGCAUUUGUUCAGAUGGAGACAGUAAAGCCCAGAGAGUUGAAGGAACUUCCCCAAGGUUACACUGCUGGCCGCAGGCAACACCAGGUGGCCUGGUGCUCUGUCCUGGCCCACCCUAGGCUCAUACUGGGAGCCCAGCACUGUGCACCUGCCCUAGGCUGCCCCACCUGCAUGCUAAAUUUCGAACUGUUCAAGAAGGUCUUUGGGAAACACUUGGCCUUUAUUUGAGUGCUGCUCAGGGGGAUUCAGUGUUUGAAAGGUGGGAUUAUAAAGGGGUUUGUGGUGAAGGGUAGCAGAACAUGGGGGAGGGGCUGGCCCAUCAGACCUGCUGCCAGCUCAGGCGAAUCGCCUUGCCUCCAGGAGCUUGGGGUCUUCACAUCCCUGCCGCAGCGAGCCAUCUCCGUCUCACAGGACGGACAUGGACAUAGCCUUAGAGGGCAGACUUGAAGGUGCUUGUUCUGACCCCUGAGGGUGUCGCAUCCGAGGCUCUGAGGUCAGCAGAGGCAUUGCCCACUGCAAUCCCAGAGCUUCACGUGGAGGGGCAGAACAUUUUGUUCCAGCUCUACUGUAGAGUGAAAUAUCGAAUCACAUUGAGGGCCGGAGAUUUAGCUCAGUGGUUCUGUCACCUGCCUCGCAAGCACAAGGUCCUGAGUUUGAUCCCUGGUACCAAAAAAAAAAACCCCAAAUCAAAUCACAUUGAUAGUAAAACAGGACACCUGGAGAGAUGUUUAUGCUGACAGUAGGUGCCCUCAUCCCCCAAGAGACUGUGCAUCUGGAGAUAGGGUGGGCUUGAGGGCCUUUCGGGAUCCUGCCAGUAGGGUUGAGGGAGCUGAGGACCUGCAUGCCGCUGCUGCUGAGUCUGGCAGUGCCCCACAUUCUGAGUGCAGAAGGGACCCCCGAGAGGUGGGCAUUCUAUUGCAGGCUAUAAACCUGAAAUCAACUGACAGCGGACUUCUAGAGAUUUUGAUUCAGCCUAACUGAAACAUCUGCAUUUCCAUGAACUGCUUUGUCCCCUCCCUGCCAGAGUUAUCCUGGGGAGAAUUGGUCUGGAUUAGCCCUCAGGCCUCUCUCCUGCCAAGACUGCCCAUGGGCAGACCCGGCCAGGUGGUUCCUCGGGCCUUUACUUGGUCCUAAGGUCAGUGGAGGAUUUGGCCAUGAAUAAGUUUGUAAACCACUCCGGGCAUGGUGGAACAUGCCUGGAAUUCUAGCUAUUUGGGUGGCUGAGGCAGAAAGAUCACAAGUUCAAGGCCAGUCCGGAUAACUUGGCAAGACUCUUCCUGAAAAAAGAAAAAGGACUGAGGAUAUAGCUCAGUCCUCCAUGCUUCCAGUUCCCUGAAAAGGGGGCGGGGGCCUUACAACCCAACCAUCUUCGUUAAGAAGUUACCCAAAACGAAAAGCCAAUUUUUUUGUACUGGGGAAGAAACUCAGGACCUUCGAGGCAGGCACAGUGCCACUGAGCUAAUCCUCAGCCCAAGACAAAACUUUUUGGACAUGGGGAACCUGAGUCCCACCCUGAGUGUGGUGCUUCUCAGUCUCCCCCACCCCGAAUUCCCCCUGAAGUAGCCUGAACCUCAGACAAGAACAAAUGGGAACCUGGGGUUGGGAAGGGUCUAGAAGGGCUGUAUAGACCAUAAUACAUUUUCUAAAUCCUG